AUGAUCCGUACUUCUCUGUCUCAGCUCUGGCAAUCUAGGUUCCCUCGAGGUUCUGUUGUUUACAGCUGCUAUCCCAUACUGUUCUUUGGAGUCACCAGACGAAUUCCCUGGAUCGCCCAGGCUUCGAGACGUAGCAUGGCAACUAUUAUCCACUCACCUCGGGAUCCCAACACCCUGAGUAACUAUAAUAAUUGGGUCUCUACUCAUAUAACCGCAAAUUUCGAUAUUCUAUUCGAACAGAAGAAGCUUGUUGGGAAUGUUGUUCAUAAGUUCAAGUCCAUCACCGACGCAAAAUCUACGGAAAUCAUCUUGGAUACGAACCACGUGGAUGUCGGUAAUGUGAAAGUCGACGGCCAAGCUUCUCGCUGGGAGAUCCUUCCCCCGCUGGAGCCGUAUGGAGCUGCAUUGAAGAUUAAGCUUGACCAGGGUGUGGGAUUGAACGAGAUGGUCGAGGUUGAUAUCUCGGUUAAGACGACCGAAAAGUGCACUGCCCUUCAGUGGCUGACACCAGCCCAAACUUCUAAUAGGAAACAUCCAUAUAUGUUUUCUCAGUGCCAGGCUAUCCAUGCACGGUCAAUUUUCCCGUGCCAGGAUACACCAGAUGUCAAGUCUACUAUUGACUUCAACAUCACUUCAUCUCUUCCUGUAGUUGCUAGUGGAUUGCCUGUUCGAGGCAAUAAAGAAAAAGCCCAAUCUGGCGGUAAAACUCUGUAUCAGUUUCACCAAAAGCUGCCUAUCCCAAGUUAUCUGUUCGCGUUGGCUAGUGGUGAUAUCUCGGAAGCUGCAAUUGGGCCCCGGAGUGUCGUUGCAACCAGUCCCGACAACCUCAGGGAAUGCCAGUGGGAGCUUGAAGCGGACACUGAAAAAUUCAUGCAUGCAAUUGAGAGAAUCGUCUAUCCGUAUGCUUGGGGCGAGUACAAUGUCCUGAUCCUCCCCCCUAGCUUUCCAUAUGGAGGCAUGGAAAACCCAAUCUUCACCUUUGCGACCCCCAGCAUUAUCUCAAAGGAUAGGGAAAAUGUCGAUGUUAUUGCUCACGAACUCGCACAUAGCUGGAGUGGUAAUCUUGUCACCAAUGCCUCAUGGGAACAUUUCUGGCUGAACGAAGGCUGGACUACUUAUCUCGAGAGACGUGUCAGUUUGUUUGUCCCUCAAGCCCUGUCAAUCCACUUGAUACCACUGACAAUUUUACACAUACUGACCAUACAUGGUGAAGCUUAUCGACAUUUCUCAGCCAUCAUUGGUUGGAAGUCUCUUGCAGAUUCUGUGGAGCAUUUUGGACAUGAUCAUCCGUUUACUAAGUUAGUCACUGAUCUUAAAGGGAAGGACCCUGACGAUGCAUUCUCAAGCAUUCCGUACGAAAAGGGAUUCAAUUUCUUAUUUUACUUAGAAAAUCUGAUGGGGAAGGACAAGUUUGACCUAUUCAUUCCUCAUUAUUUUACGAAGUUCAAAGGAAGGUCUCUCGAUUCGUAUGAGUUUAAGGCAACUAUGCUCGAAUUCUUCCAGCAUGAUCUGGAAGUCUCCAAUCUCUUGAAAAAUGUCGAUUGGGAUGCGUGGUUCUAUGCCCCUGGCUUGCCCCCCAAGCCACAAUUCGACACGUCCCUCGUUGAUGUCGUUUACGAGCUAUCUAGCAAAUGGAAGUCCCUUCCUAACUCAUCCUUUCAGCCUCAGGCAAGCGAUAUUGAGGGGCUGACAGCAAACCAAAUCGUGGUCCUCUUGGAGCAAAUUCUUCUGUUCGAGCGGCCACUUACCCCUGAACUGUCGAGGAUUCUGGGUGAAGUCUACGGCCUCGCCAAGAGUGAAAACAUUGAAGUCGCCAAUCUCUAUUUCCAAGUAGGGUUAAAGGCCGGCGACGACACCGUGUAUAAACCGACGGCAGAUCUAUUAGGUAGAAUUGGUAGGAUGAAAUUUGUGCGACCUCUGUACCGAAACCUGCAAAAGGUUAAUCGCCCUCUUGCGAUCGACACCUUUGAGAAGAAUAAAGAUUUCUAUCAUCCCAUCUGUCGCGCGAUGGUUGAGAAAGAUCUCUUCGGAAAGAGGGAAGAGUAGGUUCGAUGGUGACUUUGAGAAGUAGCCCCUACUUAAUUGUCUGUGCUC